GUUAUCCAAGGAUCAACUUUGGAAGCAAUGGAUAAGCAAUCGAAUGGGGUUGCCUGCGGAUGUGGCGGGGGAGGUCACCGAAUAGUAAGAGAAGCCGAAGGUGAGGGUGAGGCUGAGGAACCAGAAAGUCCGGCACCUGCUCAGGGUGCACCAGAAGCUGCUCCUGGUAUGAGGCGGCAAGGUUACAGAAGACUUGCGGCCAGAAGACCCGGACAUCCGAUUGCGGAGGGUCCAGCUGCUCCUGGCAAUGACGAAAUUGUAGCUCAACCUGGCCUGUUUCUACCGAAUCGUCGAGUCAAUCGGGGACCGUUCCGAUUUCUGCUCAAUCGGAAACGUGGACGAUUCUUCAAUCCCGUCUUCUAGGCUUUCGAAGAACUUUCAGUACAAAAUUGAGUAACGAAUCCACC